AUGGCCAUGGUGACCGGCGGCUGGGGCGGCCCCGGGGGCGGCGGCGACACGAAUGGAGUGGACAAGGCGGGCGGCUACCCGCGCGCGGCGGAGGAAGACUCGGCCUCACCCCCCGGUGCCGCCAGCGACGCUGAGCCGGGCGACGAGGAGCGGCCGGGGCUGCAGGUGGACUGCGUGGUGUGCGGCGACAAGUCGAGCGGCAAGCACUACGGCGUCUUCACCUGCGAGGGCUGCAAGAGCUUCUUCAAGCGGAGCAUCCGCCGCAACCUCAGCUACACCUGCCGGUCCAACCGUGACUGCCAGAUCGACCAGCAUCACCGGAAUCAGUGCCAAUACUGCCGCCUCAAGAAGUGCUUCCGGGUGGGCAUGAGGAAGGAAGCGGUGCAGCGCGGCCGAAUCCCACACUCGCUACCCGGCACCGUCGCAGCCUCCUCGGGCAGCCCUCCUGGCUCCGCGCUGGCCGUGGCCGGCGGAGACCUCUUCCCGGGGCAGCCAGUGUCGGAGCUGAUCGCGCAGCUGCUGCGUGCCGAGCCCUACCCCGCGGCGGCCGGGCGCUUCGGUGCCGGAGCCGCGGGCGCCUUUGGAGCCGGGAGCGGCGCGGCGGGCGCUGUGCUGGGCAUCGACAACGUGUGCGAGCUGGCGGCGCGGCUGCUCUUCAGCACCGUGGAGUGGGCGCGCCACGCACCCUUCUUCCCCGAGCUGCCGGUGGCCGACCAGGUGGCGCUGCUGCGCCUCAGCUGGAGCGAGCUCUUCGUGCUGAACGCGGCGCAGGCGGCGCUGCCCCUGCACACGGCGCCGCUGCUGGCCGCUGCCGGCCUGCAUGCCGCGCCCAUGGCCGCCGAGCGUGCAGUGGCCUUCAUGGACCAGGUGCGCGCCUUCCAGGAACAGGUGGACAAACUGGGCCGUUUGCAGGUCGACUCCGCGGAGUAUGGCUGCCUCAAAGCUCCCCGAGACCCCCCACCUUCACCCCCUCAUCAAGGUGUCCAUCGUGGUCAGUGGGCACUGACGGAGAAUGACAGAGAUGCCUGCGGCCUCUCAGACCCAGCACACGUGGAGAGCCUGCAGGAGAAGGCGCAGGUGGCCCUCACCGAGUACGUGCGGGCCCAGUACCCAUCGCAGCCCCAGCGCUUUGGGCGCCUGCUGCUGCGGCUUCCUGCCUUGCGUGCGGUCCCCGCCUCCCUCAUCUCCCAGCUAUUCUUCAUGCGCCUGGUGGGCAAGACGCCCAUCGAGACGCUGAUCCGAGACAUGCUGCUGUCAGGAAGUACCUUCAACUGGCCCUACGGCUCAGGCCAGUGACCAGACAGGGCCAGGUCUGCAGACCUCAAGGGACACGGAUGCUCAGGCCUCUGGUGGGGAGCUUCCCCUGGACAGAGGACCCUGGCUUCCCUCCUCAGACUCCUAUUUUUUAAAGACUGUGAAAUGUUUGUCUUUUCUGUUUUCUAAAUGAUCAAUGAAACCAAAAAGAGACUGAUUUGUCUAGACUCCAGUCAAGUCUUCCCCAGAAACCCUGAUCAAGAUGAGGGGUGAGACAGAGGGUCCAAUCCCAGGACAGCCUUGUCCCUUGGUGCCCCAAGAUUGAACUCGUGGGGGUGUGGCUUCUCUGGUGUGAUGGACAAAGUCCUGGCGUCUGGACUGGAGGGGCAGCUGCAGCCAGGCAGGGGUGAUGAGUGCCAGACUGAUCCUCUGGACACAUAAUCCACGUUGGACACUACAUGAUGGAUGAAUCAAGGCCAAUAAUAAAGAAGUUUCCUACCUG